UGCCGGUGGUCUCACUAUGUUGGUGACGGCGGCGGGCUGCAGUUGACGACGAUGACGUCCGUAAGAUUGCUCAAUUCAUCAGACCUCUUUGGGGCGUCGCACCACCUGAACGGGACCUACCACUCGAGUGACCGUUCCAGAACGCCCAACAAUGGACUGGAAGUGAUCGAGACGAGCCGCACCGUUCGGGUCCACCAGGAAAAGCCUCACCUGGUGAGCCUCGGCGGCGGGAGGCUCAGCACCUCGGUCACCAUACACCCCCUACCCGAAGGCAAGACACGCAUCGGCCGGUCCGACGCGCCGACGCUGCAGGACAUUGUGGUUCAGGGUCCUGGUGUGGAGGCUGAGCACUGCUACAUCCAAAACGAGUCUGGCAAGGUGACCCUCUACCCCGUGGCAAAGGUGAUCUCCAUCGAUGGCAUGACAGUCACCGAGCCAUCCAGACUGCACCAGGGCUGCAUGAUCUGCAUAGGGAGGUCCAAUUUCUUCCGGUUCAACCACCCCGAAGAAGCACAGAAUCUGAAAGAGCUGCUUCCUAAUUCGAGGCUAUCUGCGAGUGCCACAGGCUUUCGUCCGGUGACUGAACCUCCGAGCCGAUUCCGCGGCACCCCGUCCUCGGGCGCCUUCGACCCCCUGGACAACAGCGUGGACUUUGUUGAAAAGGUGUCAAAGUUCGAGUUCCUGGCCCACAACCGGUCCCCGCCGGUCACCUCUUCCGAGAACCAGCGGUGGUUCGUGCGGGAUGGCAUCCGCAUCCCCGCAGCCGCCCGGUUCACGCCGACCUCUCCCCGGUCGUCGUCGCCCAAGUCGCCCAAGUCUCCGCGCGUGGCGGCACUUUCGGGCCACGGGAGUCCCCUGACGGCCGGGCGGUGCACACCCACAUCGCCCCGGCUGGGGACGGGCCACCGGGUGGCGAGCCACGAGGACAUCCGCGCCUGCGAGGUGGAACUGGCGCAGCAGCAUCGCAGGGCUGUGACCGAGCGACUUCGCGACCAGGAGCAAGAGCGUCAGGAGCGCCAGCGCUUGGAAGAGAUCCUGACCCUGUGCGCCGAGUACGAGCGCAAGGCCCACACGUCCACUUCUUCCUCCGACGCCAAGAAGAAGAAUCCCAAGGAGAGUCCGCCUUCGUCGGACUCGGGAACCGAAGACGUCACCUCCCCUCCCGGAUCCGGCAGCGAUUCUUCGGCCCCCGACGACAGCAGCAAGACGUCCGAGUCGUCCGUCACGAGCGCGUCCACCGAAGACGACAGCAAUGAGAAGGCCGGGCUGGAGCGAAAUGACACCGUCCGCAGGAACAAGCAGCUUCCCGAACGUCCAAAUCCCACAAAACCUCCGGUUGCGCCAACGCCGGCUGCCUCCGAUGGCCUCCCUCCAUUGGCAACCUCGAAGCUGACCAACCAGUCUGGGACGAACUUCGGAACAGGAGGCAGCUCUGUCGGUGCAGCCGAAGUUCUGAUUGUGGUUCCGACCCCUGUGCACCAUCCGAACCGCAUCAAGACCAAUGGUUCUUUGGCAGAAUUGGAUGGGAAACGAGCCGGAAGGCUGGCGCCAGACGGAUCUGGCUCGGGCGAUGGUAUGCUCACAGUGGUGAGCAAGAAGGCCAAUGCCACGUCGUCUGAAGAUGAACUCACUAACAUCCUUGGCGUCGGCGGUUCUUCCAAGUUGAGCCCACGGCCCGAGAAGACGGCACCUGCCCCUCCCUUGGAGAAGGCGCCCAUGCCCUCAGUAGCCUACCCGCAGUCUCCCCGCACCCGCAUCCGCACCGUGGCUACUGUGGAGAGGUCGCCCGAGGUCUAUGAGAACCAUCACGCCUGGAAGGACCUGGCCAUCCAGCAGCUUGAGGAGGUGCAGCUGCAACCACCCAGGAAGCUCCCAGAGCGAGGAGGUUCCCUGAACAUCCGCAAGGCCACCGAAGAGCCCAGGGUCCCCCUGAGACGGGCCAGGUCAAGUUCUGAUGAUGUCAGCCUGAUGAGAAGACAGAGAGAAGAUUCCUUUCACCAGAUCACCAAACUCAAGAAGGACAUCUUCAGUUUGGAAGCACAUGCCAACGAGGGAAUGCGUGAGUUGGAGCUGGAGCAUGCCCUGAUCACGGGAGAGCUGACUGACGCCCAGGCUUGCCAAAAGUCGGACUAUCUUGUCCUGGAGAAUCUUCAAGAGGAGGAGAGGCGCCUGGCCAAACAAGCUGAGCUAGACCGAGAGCAGGAGCAGCUGCAACUGCAGGUGUCGCGCGGACGCAUCGACAAGUGGGAGCGGCUGACGCGGGAGCUGCACGAGGUGCUGUCUGAGGAAGGAGGGGAGGGGGAGGAGGAAGGGGGAGACGGGAGGAGGGUGCUGGGACCCAGGGCGGAGGCCUCUUUUCCCCGCCGGCAAGAGCUGGAGGAGCGCUACCGGCGGGAGCUGGAGAGCCUGGACGGGGAAAGGAGGGCCUUCGAGGACCUCGAGUUCCGGCAGCUGGAGCGGGAAGCCCGCAGAGAGGAGGAGAGAGAGGCACUUGCACACAGGGCAGACCGGGUCAGGGCUGCCCUCGCGGACAGGCAGCUAAGAAUUCGAGAGCUCAUGGAACAGCAGAAGACAAUCGCCAUGCAGAUCGAGCAGGAGCAGUCAAGUUCUGACAUUGACAAACAGCUGAUUCAUGCACAAUUGCUACAGGAACAGCGGAAGCUGGACGUCCUUGACCAGCAGCUGAGGCAUGCUACCCGCACUCCCCAGGACGCUUCUCUAGACUCCAGCGAUGACAGCAGCUCUUCAGAGUCGGAAAUUAAUAACGCUUUAAAGUUGGGCAGCCAGAACCAAUGGAAUCAGCGACUAUGCUUGCACGUGCCUGACAUCGCAGUGAACCGGCUAAGUGGCAACGACUCUAGCUUCACAGGAGUGGAGUCAGAAUCUUCUAGCAUUGUCAGCAGCAGCGAUCUUCCCAACGAGAGCGUCAGCAGCAGCAGUGACGACCGCAGCCGGCCCACCAGCGAGCACGUGAUCAUGCCACAGGUCAUCGCUCAGGUAUGUGCUUCCACUUUUCCCGAUCAACAGCCCAACGUCCGUGGUCUUGGCUGGGUAUGUGAAACCACCUGUACUUGCCCCCGCAAUUCAUCGUGUAGGCGACUAAAGGUGCAUCAGCACGAACGCAACCAGCAGCUGAAUGCAGAGGACCGGUCAGUGCUAGUUCCCCGUUCCGGAGAUGACGCCAUCCACCAUGAAAUCCGCAGGAGGGAGAAGCAGAAGGCUCAGAGACCGCUGACUCGGUACCUUCCGGUGCGGGGAGCAGAGUGCGACCUGCGGCAGCACGUGGAGUCUGCGGGUCACCAGGUCGAGCUCUGCCCGCACAUCCACCUGACUGCGAGCUCGUGCCGUGGCUAUCUGCACAAGCUGGGUGGCAAAUGGCGCUCCUGGAAGAAGCGCUGGUUCGUCUUUGACCGCAGCCGCCGGGCGCUUGUGUACUUCAGCGACAAGACCGAGACCAAACUCAAGGGCGGCGUCCCCUUCCAGGCGAUAGAAGAGGUGUACGUGGAUCACCUGCACUCUGUGAAGAGCCCCAACCCCCGGGUGACGUUCUGCGUCAAAACGUAUGAGCGCACGUUCCACCUGAUGGCCCCGACUGCCGAGGCGAUGCGCAUUUGGGUGGACGUCAUCUUCACGGGGGCAGAGGGCUACCUCGAGUUCCUCUCCGAAGCAGACAUGGCCCCCUCCCGCUCUCGCCACAAGUUCAAGGAAUGAGCCGCAAGCUCGAGGAGAGCCACUUCACAUCUAUGGGGGGUACAGGGGAUGCUGGAUUGGACAACGGUAUCCUCCAAGCAUGCGCGGAAUGCCUUCACAACCGUCAUCUAUGUGGCUAAAACCAACGAAGGAGCAAGCUACAUCAGUAGGUUGGAGUGACAACAUUUUGCCCAGGGAGUGAUGUGCCAUGUAUUCCUCAGAGUGAAGGACACUUGGAGGCAGAGAUAGCUUUUUGGUCAUGAACAAAAAUGCCAAGUGACGUUUGAAAGACUUGCCGCGGUCAUCGUUCCGGUUGCCCGUAAAUUCAGCUUCAUGUCGACGCACUCGUGCAUCAAAAGGGAAGGGUCUUGUGCGCACUUUCGACACGUUUGGGAGGCUCUGGUCUCCGUGAGUCAUCAUUGUAAACUUGGCACUUCUUUGCUGUUUUUUUUUUGUGUGUUAGAGUAUGUUUUGAGGCAUGAAACAUAUCGGAGCCUGGAAGUGCACGUUUCUUCUCAACAUUUCAAUUUCAUAUCUUAGUGUACUCAAGUGCUCAGCCAGGAAUUUUGUUUGAUGUGGCUCUUGUGUGGCCCUUGUAAUGUGUAAGGCUUGUUUGUCUUGCUUGUUAUAAUGAAAAGGUUUCUUGCUUGUCAUGUAUUAUUGACCUUUCAGGAAAAUGCUCCUGAUAACAUAACAGUCAACUGAGGUGUACCUUUGUAUGUAUUGUAAGCUGGUUUCAUUCGCAGAACUUUCUGAGGUUGCUGCAUCCUAACUGAGUGUUGAUGUGAUAGGCUGAGCGUGAUAUUAUAAAAGCUCCCAAGUUUUUUUUUUUAGUACAUGCAUUCAGCAUUAAUUUCUAAAGUAUGAAAAUAUCAGCAUGAACUUAAUAUUUAGCUGUUUCAUCGUGUUUUGAAAGUGUAAAGCUCCAUAACAGUUGUAAGCAGGGAAUGUUGACUGUUGGUUAAAUGGCUUGUUGAAACCAUAUUUGUCUAGCUUUAUUUCCCUCAUCAUGUGAAAGGAAGGCAAGUUGAAUGGUUUCUUGGACAUCGACCUUUGCACAUCACCAUUGUCAUAGUCAUCUGUAUCUCAUUAUAUGUCAACAACCGUUUACCUUUUUGAAAUUUGGAAAUAUUUACAGUGGAGGAAGUUGCUCUGUAUCGGGAUCCAAUGGCAGUUUACCUAUAAAUUAGGGAGAGGGAGCUUCAAAAGAAACAUUUAAUUCUGCACUGAUCAACACUGGUUUGAAUAUAUUGGACACAUGGCCCGAAUUGCAUCACUUUACACACACUCCACCAGUGAUUCAAGAUUUUGUCAUCUAAGCAAUUUCGUAGAGCAUUUGGGCCAGAAAUUGAUCUCCUUGUAUGCAUUACCACAAGAACCCAAAUGUUGUGGCUGCCUUAUAUAAGAGUACACUAGGCAAAUUCCCAGGAGUACCACAGGGUGGUGGUAUACACUUCCCAUGGAGACUUAGCUGAGGGAUCCAGUACACAGUGUUUUGAACUCUUUUAGUGAUUCCUUCUGUGGCAGUUCCUGACUGUCGCUUUUUUUUCUUGUUUCAGACAAAAAGGGCAGUUUGUGAGGGCCCCUGAAGGGGCAGAUUUUGUGUAAGGCAUUUACAGAUUACCUUUUUUUUAUCUCCUCAUUUUUUCAUAAUUUGUCGAUGACAUUUGAGGAGGCAUUGCACACAAAUUUUGGCUGUUUUGCUUCCCAUCAGACCUGACAGACCUGGUAUGUCUUUUUUUUUUUUUUACUUUAAGUUUGAGAUUUUGAAGUGUGGAUGCUAAAGACAACAUUGUUCAUGGCUUGGGUCUCUUGAAGGCAUCUCGGCUUGUUUGGGUCAUUGCUUGCCAACUUGGCAUCUAUGUACUCUACUACCUUAGUUGCACAAAUUAAUUAGGCGUAGUGGUACAGCAAAAUGCAUGCCACACAGCGCACGAAGGCAGAUAUCAAUACUGUUUCAGGUUGUAUGUCUACAAUAUAAGGGCAUUUCUUCCUGCCAUGUCACCAUUGAAAUUGCUUUAUGCUGGUGCCUUCAAUCUCAGAUUGGGAAUUCCCGGACUGUGCCCUACCUAGGUGUCCUUGGACGUGUUGGGCUCCACUUGCAGUCACAGUCGUGACACAAUCACUCAAACUUAGUACUAUAUGCUCUCGGUGCAUAUGGUUAUCAUUUUACUAGAAGAGUGAAACCUGUCCAAGCAGCUCAUACAUAUAUCUGCUGGGACACAAAGCAAAUAUCUAAGUCAACCCAUGUUCCUGUUGCAGAUGAUUGUGUUUCAAUGUUUAAGUGUGACUCCAUUACAAAAAGCUAUUGUAGAUAUGUGAAAAGCCUGCGGUUGGAAGUUGUGUUCAGUCACUUUUUUUUAGCAGAAUGCUUUGAUUUGCACUGCAGGAAGGAUGGAAUUCGAAAUUGUUUUAAUUUUGACAACUUGUCUAAUGACUUCUGUGGACACAUGCACUGAUGUAAACUUCAGAGAUAAAUCUAGCUGCUUCAGGAUUAAGGCUGGUGAAGUGGUGCUAACUUCAACCUAGCUCUUCAGGGUGUUAUGAUACCCUGUUGUGUGUUUUUUGCACACCCUUUAUUUAAUAAGAAAACACUACCAAAACUUGGGAGCUCCCAUGCCAGUGUGAGAAUGAGCUAAUGCAAGCUCCAAGUGAAUUGUCAACUAUGGUUCUAAAUGAGUGAUAAAAAAUUUAUUGGGUCGAGGAGUCGAGGAUUCACCUCUGCUUCAUGUACCAGACACAGAUGAACAUAGAAGUUGUUUCCCAAUUAUAUCUUUGUAGCAGGGCAUUCACAUUACAAGCUCAAAAACUUGGUUUCUCAGUGCUGUAUAUGUGCUUUGCAUUUUGAUACAACCAGGCAUAAGGCAGCACAUUCAUCAAUGUUCACUUAUUUCUUUUGACACCAUUAUUCACUUUGACCACAUGAAAAACCUUCAACUGUUAGCUGUUAAUUGUUUUUUUCUCCACUUUAUUCCACAGUAAAGUCAGUAACGGUGUUGGAGGCCAUGUCCAGGCUCCCACAGACUUUCAUUAUUUGCAGCACAUACGUAUGUUAUGUCAUCGGAGCUCUUGAGUUGAUUUAUCAAGCGUAACCGGAAUAUUUCGUUCGAACUCCAGUCAGAAUGUCAUACUUGUACCACAGCUUGGUACAUAGUAGGUGUCUUGUUUGCAUUCUAGCUUUUAAUCUUUCAGGUUUCAGUUUGAGUGGUACACAUCCUGUGAAUGGUAGCUAUAGAAUGUACCGAUUUGCUCUCACUGAAUACUAUACAAGAAAAAUCUGUACUUAACCAAUAGCUCUAGGACUAGUUAUUGGUGUUCCGGCAGUGAUCAAUUUUGCAGAGAAAUAGCAGACCCUUCUUGCUGUGUAAAUUUUCUUUCUUCUCCGAUGAUGAAGGCUGGCAGCACCUUGUUAACCAUACUUUGCUCGAAGUGGACGUGCCGGUUUUAUUUGUCUCAAUCUUUUGCACCUAAAGAUCUGCGGUUCACAUUUGGGUGCAAACUUGAAUUAGAGUCAGUGUCCUGGUAAUUAUAUUGGGGCAGAGCCAUGCCUGGGUGAGUGUUCUUGCAUUGUAUGAUCUUGGUGCUUUUUUUCUUUGUGCUGUCUUUGAUUUCAUGCUUUUUGUGUAGCUCUGAUGCUACGCACAAAAUAAAUAAAAUGAUAGAAAACAAA